AUGUUGUUCUCAAAUACUCUUGCGGCUGCCGCUUUGCUUGCGGUUAAAGCCUCGGCUACAAUUUUCUACGCUGGUGUUGCGGAGAGUGGUGGAGAAUUCGGUGUUUACAGUGCAACCGCUCAACAAGGUUAUGGUCUCCCAGGAGUAUUUGGACAGGAUUACUCCUUCAUUGACAAGAAGGGCAUUGAUGUUUACGUCGACAAGAAUAAAGUCAAUCUGUUCCGUGUUGCCUUUUUGCUUGAAAGAAUGUGUCCAUUGAGCUACGGACUGGGAUCCAAAUUCAAUGAGACUCAUUUCAAUUACUACGCAGAUGCGGUUAACUAUAUCACGAAGACAAAGGGAGCCUAUUGUAUCUUGGAUCCUCACAGUUACAUGCGAUACAACAAUCCUAGUCAGCAGCCUAUGACUGGAAGUAUCAUCGGAGAUACCAAGGAUGUCACAGCCGCGACUACUGCUCAAUUUGGCGCAUUCUGGAAGGAGUUGGCGAAGCGAUUCGCUGGAAACGAGAAAGUGAUUUUUAGCAUCAUGAACGAGCCGCAUGACAUGGAGACAAAUCUUGUUCUUGCAAACAACCAAGCCGCUAUUGAUGCAAUUCGCUCCACAGGUGCUAAGCAAUUGAUUAUUGCACCAGGAAACUCAUGGUCAGGAGGCCAUGCUUGGACCCAAAGCUACACUGGAUAUUCUCCAUCAUCAGCAGAUGCCAUGGUUCAUCUCAAGGAUCCAUUGAAUAAUACCGCUCUUGAUAUCCACGAAUAUCUUGAUGUCGAUUACUCCGGUGGACACUCCUUGUGCGCUUCCCCAGCACCAGAAAAUCUCAAAGACCUUACCGCCUGGUUAAAAGCAAACAAACUGAAGGCCAUGAUCACGGAAUUUGGCGCGUCGAACGGCACACAAUGCGAGAGCUACCUCACGGGUAUGUUACAAUACAUGGCUGAUAACGAAGAAUAUAUUGGCUGGACUGCGUGGGCGGCUGGGCCUUUCUGGGGAACUUACUCACCUUGUUGUACCGACAGCCAACAGUGGGGAUCUUUGGAACCAGGAAGCAAGGCUGGCGAUGGAAGCCCUGGAAUGUAUGAGACUGUUUGGUUGAAGACUAUCCAGAAGUUCGUGCCUAAGAAGUUGGUUUGGAAGGGAACGAGUAGUGUUAAGGGUGGGCCUUUGAGUAAGCGACCUUGA